UGAGGAGCAAAUAGUUUAGAACCUUGUGAUUGACAGGCUCUACUCACCUUCUUCAGGCCAGGACAUAAAGCAAAGAUGCCUUCUUCCCUACCAUGAUACUUAAUGGCACACCAGGGAGCAAAGUGUCCUGACAUCUUUACUAAAAAUGUUUUUCUACAUAGUAGCCAUCCUUGCCAUCUGCUAUUGGUGGUGGGUUUGGAGAGGAAGAGACAGGUCAAAGAUUACAAAUCUAACAGGCAAAUAUAUAUUCAUCACUGGAUGUGACACAGGAUUUGGAAAUCUAGCAGCAAGGACUUUUGAUAAGAAAGGAUUUCGAGUUCUUGCCAGUUGUCUGACUGAAACAGGAGCAGAAGAGCUAAAAGCAGCAUCCUCAGAGAGGCUCCAAACACUACAGCUGGAUGUGACAGAUUCAGACAAUGUGAAGAAGGUUGCUGAGAGGGUAAACGCUGAAGUUGGGUCAGAAGGUCUUUGGGGGCUUAUCAACAAUGCUGGGAUCAUGGGACCAACAGCUCCUACAGACUGGUUGAAGAUUGAACAUUUCAGAGCACCAAUUGAAGUUAAUUUAAUUGGCCUUAUAAAUGUUACAUUAAACAUGCUUCCCUUAGUUAAAAAAGCUAAAGGGAGGAUAGUCAACAUAUCCAGCAUCGGAGGUCGUCUGACAGUGAAUGGCGGUGGCUAUUUUCCUUCCAAGUAUGGGCUGGAAGGAUUUAAUGACAGCCUAAGACGGGACAUGAUCGCAUUUGGUGUUAAGGUUUCUUGCAUUGAACCUGGGCUAUUCAACACAAAACUAAGCAACCAAACAAAGGUUAUCAAAGAAAGGGAGGCCAUUUGGAAUCAGCUUCCUCCUGCCAUUAAAAAACAAUAUGGAGAGGGAUAUUUACAGGAAGAUGCAGCAAGGAAAGGGAAGCUGGUCAGGAUGUCUAUGAACACAGAUCUCUCCUUGGUUGUUCAGUGCAUGGAGCAUGCUUUAACAAGCCUUCAUCCUCGCACACGUUACCCUGUGGGCAGGGAUGCUAAGUUUUUAUGGAUCCCUCUUUCAAACAUGCCAGCAGCUAUACAAGACUUUGUGCUCUUGAGAAACAAAGUUAAGCUUGCUGACACAAGUGCAGGGUAAUGCUUUUCCCUUGUUUACACUUUCCAAGUUUACCUCGGGAUGGCCUAGGCAACUGAACCAGUAAGAACCAGCCUUUUGUUUUAGCUUUAUUCCUAAAGCAUCUGAACCAUGUCAGACAUGCAUUUGUUAUAGCUAUUAAAUUUUUAGCUUGCCUAUUUCUGAAACUUACUCUUCAUCUAAUAACAUAUUGUAUCAACUUUUUAAAUCUUGCG